AAAUUUCCGUUUCCCGUUGCGGAGGAUUGCAGAAGCCAUGGGGGGAGAAGGAGAAGGUGAGAACAUUCCCCUGCUCACAGAGCUUCCAGAUGCAUCCGAUGAAUCAGGAACGCACAUCAAGAGAACUGGGACUGUUUGGACUGCUGCUGCCCAUAUAAUUACAGCCGUAAUAGGCUCUGGAGUUCUCUCUCUAGCAUGGAGCGUGGCUCAAUUGGGUUGGGUUGCUGGUCCCAUAGCUAUGGUGUUCUUUGCUUCAGUGACCAUGAUCCAAUCACACCUGCUUGCUGAUUGCUAUAGAUCACCUGAUCCUGAGCAUGGGCACAUCAGGAACCAUUCAUACAUGGAAGCUGUAAAACUGAAUUUAGGGAAGAAGAGUUGGUGGGCUUGUGGGGCAUUUCAGCAAAUAAAUUUGUAUGGCAUCGGGAUAGCCUACGUCAUUACGGCUGCUAGUAGCAUGAGAGCAAUUCUGGAGUCAAAUUGCUACCACAGAGAAGGCCACAAUGCUCCAUGCUCGUAUGGAGAGAAUACCGAAAUGCUGCUGUUUGGAGCUGUUCAGAUUGUUUUCUCACAGAUACCAGAUUUUCAUGAGAUGGCAUGGCUCUCAAUUCUCGCAGCAGUCAUGUCCUUCUCCUACGCAUCCAUUGGAUUUGGACUUGGGCUCGCCAAAGUGAUUGAGAAUGGAAGAAUCAAAGGUGGAAUUGGAGGCAUUCCAAUGGCCUCAACAGCACAGAAGUUCUGGCUAGUUUCUCAAGCACUUGGAGACAUUGCAUUCGCCUAUCCAUUCUCUAUAGUUCUCUUAGAGAUAGAGGAUACUCUGAAGUCACCACCACCUGAAAACCAGACCAUGAAGAAAGCAUCAGAGAUCUCAAUUCUCACCACCACAUUCUUCUACCUCUGUUGUGGGUGUUUCGGCUAUGCUGCCUUUGGGAAUGAUACACCAGGAAACCUCCUGACAGGAUUCGGUUUCUACGAGCCUUACUGGCUUGUCGACUUUGCUAAUGCAUGUGUUGUUCUUCACUUAGUGGGAGGAUACCAGGUUUUCAGCCAGCCAGUAUUCUCAUUGGUCGACAGAUGGUCUGCAGAGAAGUUCCACAGCAGUGGAUUUGUGAACAAAUUCUACACCAUCCAAUUGCCAUUUCUGCCACCUUACAGACUGAAUCUUUUCAGGUUAUGCUAUAGAACCAUAUAUGUUGCAUCCACCACAGGGAUUGCAAUGCUCUUUCCAUACUUCAAUCAGGUCUUAGGACUGCUGGGGGCCUGGAACUUCUGGCCUAUGGCUAUCUAUUUCCCUGUGGAGAUGUACUUGGUGCAGAUGAAGAUAAGGGCUUGGACAAAGAAAUGGGUUGGCCUUCAGAUCUUUCGAAUUGUGUGCUUAUUUAUCAGUAUGUUUGCUUUAAUUGGAUCAAUUGAAGGACUUGUUAGUGAGAAGAUGAGUUAGGGAUCCAUUGAGGUUUUCAUUUUUCUUCUUAUUUUUUCCCCUCUUUUUAAAUUUGUGUACAUUUUAAAGGCUGAUACUUUUCAAGACUAAUGUGAUGAUAAGGGAGGCAAGAUCCAUCCAAUUUUUAUUGUUAAAUGAAGCUUAUAUACAAGAAAUUAU